GGCACGGACGUGUGGCUCUGAUAGCCAUGAAUGGGGUGGUGGAGACGCGGGUUUGUGGAUUUUACCCAAGUGCUAAAAUUAAUGUUUGCACCUUAAUGGAGUUAUUUUUAUCGUAGCUUUCAACACAGAUACACUCGACUGUUUUAAAUGCUUCACGCGAGACAAUCUCGUCAGGCGUAACGGUUAUUUUGUUGUCAUCAUUGCUCGAAGCAAAUCACGGCUCCGUUUGUUUCCUCCUGUUAAAAAUGCCGAGGAACAACAAGACCUCGCUGAUCCAGAAGAUAGCGAGCCAGGCUUCUGCGACCUUCACAAACUGCUCCACAUCUGCCGUUGGAGAUAAUAAGACAUUUUCAGAGCAGCAGGCAGAGUUGGUCACCCUGCUGUCCGAUAUCAGGGCUGCGGAUCUGAAGAUUGCGCCACCGGAGAAAGUCUCCAUAUCCUCCCUCCAGUCCUCAGCAGUCCCUCCAGUCACAUACAUGCACAUCUGUGAGACUGAUGUCUUCAGCAUGGGAGUGUUUCUGUUGAAGUCCGGGGCUUCCAUCCCUCUACAUGACCAUCCCGGGAUGAAUGGCAUGCUGAAGGUCCUGUAUGGCAAGGUCAAUAUAAGGUGUUAUGACAAGCUGGAUAAAGCUGUUGGUGCUGAGAGUGACACUGAGAGGCAGUUUGAUCCACCGCUGAUGCCUUUCCAGGGAGAUGAUGUGAGGAGAGCUGUGCUCAGGUCCUCCGUACAUUUUUCUGAUCAGAGUCCCCCCUGCAUUUUGACCCCUGUCAAAGACAACCUUCAUGAGAUUGAUGCAGUGGACGGGCCAGCUGCGUUUCUUGAUAUACUGGCACCACCGUAUGAUCCUGACAAUGGGAGAGAUUGUCACUACUACAGAGUUUUACAAACUGCUGGCAAAAAGUCAGAGCAGAGCAGUGGAGAUGAAACCUGGCUUUUAGAGAUCCCCCAGCCUGACGAUUUCUGGUGUGGGGGCGAGCCAUACCCCGGUCCUGAAGUUUCGGUGUAGAGAGAUGCACACUGGAAUUGCCCACAAACCGUCCAUAUUCUAAUACCCAUGCAUAAUAAUUAGUUUUGUUUUUGUUUGUUUUUCUUGGGACUUGAAAUGUCCAUUCCAAACCUAUGUGCAUCAAUUUGUGGCCUUGCUUGUGAAUAAUGAAUGUAUACAUGCUUGAAAGGCAUUUACUCUUGUAUAAGUUCACACUAUAAAUCUAUAUUAAAUACUUGUUUAAUUUAUUUAAAGAGAAACCUAUACAAACACUAGUUCCUAUGUUCUGUUUAUAUUUUUACAUUUAUAGUACAAUUAAAAUGUUUAUAAUCAUUUUUCAA